ACAAAUAGUCGCCAAAUUUAUUGAAAUGAAUCUUUAAAGCAAACAAAAAAAAAAAACAAAAUGAGAAACAAAAUUCCUUCCGUGUAUCUAGCAACAUAAUCCACAUUGAAGCUUUGAAGCUUUUCUUCAAUAUACACUAGUGCUGCCACCUAGAAGUGAAACAGCUCGAAUUUAAUCAUUUCGGCAAGAUUAGAUUUUCAAAUUAUACAGUGCAUAAAUGGUUGCAUAUCAAAGGGCAAAUUGACCAAACCGUAGUUAAUUUUCUUACUGCGCAAUUUUCCACUCCAGUGGAAAAUUCCGACCUUUUUCCGAUUUCCAAUCAAAAGAAGGCUUAUAAAAAAUUGUACAGCUUGCAGAGGAAAUUGCGUCUUAGUUAUUAGGUAUCAACCAAUUUGGAUCGCGAGCGCCGUUUCAUUUCAAGUGGAGUGCUCGAAUCGAUAAGUCGAUUAAGUUGUCGGAGUAGAAUUAUUCAGUCGAGACCGUUUAAAAUUCAAACUGAAAUCGAAGUUUUUUGUGAGUUUUUUUGAAAUUUUUGAAAAUAAGUUGUAUCUCAACCACGUGUGAAUAGAAGUGGAUUAGUUCAGGUAAGCCUAAGCUUUUUUGAAACCUUGAGUGAAAAAGUUAAGUGAUUCUCCAACGUUGAAUAGGCUUAGCCCAUCCAACGAGGGCGGCUUGUCCGGAUUUGGGCCACAUUUCCGAGGACGAGUUGGACAUCCUGCUGGUCUUUCCGACUAGUGCCAGUGCCAUUCAAGAUCCAAGCCAGAACAGUCCACGUGGGUUGAGCAGAUUACUCUCGACUCUGAGGGUAGACGGGCCACCGUCCGUGCGUAUUUUGGCGAGUUGAGCGGAGACACGAUUACACCGUAGGAAGUCGGUGUCAGCUUCGCAACAGGCGUGCAAGACUGCUCGAUUCUGAACCCGUUUCGACCAGUGGGACGAUUCCGAGCCUCAAACACGUGCUCUUUACUCCACUUCUGACAGGGACGCAUCUACCCUGUAAGUAUCGUCACCCACAGGUCUAUGUAGUGUCCCGUCAACCACGGUCGAAGGUGGAAUUGCCCCUUGAGGACGACCCAGCUACGGAGUACAGCUACCCGAAUCUAGUUGCUCGCCAAGGUGGACCCGCUGUAAGUAGCCAUCGUAGGACAGCGUGGGAGCCUCAACGCUUCGACAAAAGGUCAGAAUAAGCUAGUUUGCUGUUCCUAAAAAGAAAGAAGAACACUGUAAUUAUUCUGCACAAACCACUCAAACGAAGCUAGUCGUGACGUCACAGAGUUAAAGUAGGGUUUUCUUGAACUGAAAUCAUUAAUUGAAUAAAGCUUUUAAUAUUUUCAAUUGUGAAGCUUACAACAAACCUGUCGAGCUAUUUUUGUGAAUUCGAUAUUGCAUGCCAUAAAGUUGAUUAGUUCGAUUUUAGUUCUCACUCCACUAGUCCGUGACGUCUGAGAGAUUGAUCUUAUUAUCAAAUUGGUUGGUCUGGUUAGCUGAGACACCAAUCAACUGCUCGAAAGUAUAAUUGCCUUCUUAGUUUUGAAUUUCCUUUCAGAUUUUUUUUUGUUGUUUCUUAAGAAAGUUGGCUUUAUAGGUUGGGUCAAUUUGUUUCAAUUCGGUCCGUUAGUAACUGUUUGGCCUGCUCUGAGAUAGCGGUCUCUUGCCGGGAUAUAAAUCCGAGUUAACGGUCCUUCUAAAGAAGGUGGCGCUUAAGCCGUUAGCUUAGCGAUACCGGAGGAUUGUUACAUUUGGCGCCCAACGUGGGGCCCGAAAAACAGUUAGUUCUGAAAGUUUGAAUUAGUUGGAAUUUGAUAUUUUUAUUGUAAAUAAUUUUGAUGUAAAUAGUUGGUUAUUAAUUGGAUUUCAAGUUGCCUAUUCUGAACUCAAUUAGAUUCGUAUCUGGUUCUUUGUAAACAUAGUCAAUCGGUUAUUUUUCUUUUCUUGUAUUAUAAUUUAGUCGCGUAAUUUCGGUAAAAUUAGUUCGUAACUUCAGUUUUUCGUGAUUCAGUUCGUUCGGUAAGUGAAUUGCGAUUUUGAAAUAGUGAAUAAGUGAUUUUUUUGGUUAGUUUAAACUUUAUAGUGAAUAAGUGUUUUUUUUUUUCAAAAGUGAAUUCGAUACAAUUUGGUUUGUUUGACAUGGAGACUUUUAAACUAAAUCCAAAUCAUUUAGAUGAGAGUGAGGUGAAUUACGAACUCGCUGUGCGAAAUUGUACUAUACUUGGUUCAGUCGAAAAUCGUCGACGGGAUCUACGCGUGGUAUUUCGUGACCCGGAUUCGGAAAGGUAUGUUAGAGUGACGGAAGCAAUGAUGAACGAUGAUCUGCGUGAAGUGCCGAAGAAGCUGAAGGAGAUUGCGGAUUUGCUGAACGAAGAACCGCAUCCAACAUGUUUCUCCCGCCUGGUCCAUUACUACCUUCGUAUACGUAGGUACACUCCGCGUACCGCCCAGCAACAGGAGGAUUUGCGUUGCUUGUUGGAAAUGAUUUCUAAAAUUUCGGCCAAAUAUUUUGCAACGGGUUUGGACGAAUCUGGCGGAUAUGAGCCGAUCGCGGAAUCCACCACCCGAGGGAAUCCGUCUGGUGGAGAUACUACCGUGGUCCAGAUGAACCAGACAAUGGAUCAACCGUCGAUGAGGUCCAGUAUGGCGUUAAAUCAAACAACGACGACGCACGUGCCGCGGAACCCAGGCUCUCCGUGGUUAAUGAGUUGGGAUGAAACUGAAGGAGCUGAGGGAAGAACGACAGAACAAUCUGGACGAGAGAUGUCGAAAGUGAUACCUGCGUUAGUAGAAGACUUGCUGAAUUUCCGUCAUGCAGAACAGUCUACAGGCACCGUCCCACGCCAAGUCGAGUUCUUCAAUGAUUUACAAUCGAGUCCGUGGAGUCUUCGCGUUCCAUCGUUACGUCCGGGAGAGGUUCCGAGAUCUGGUGUGUCUACAGGUACGCAGGAGAUGAGUGCAGAAGCUUCGGGUCAUCCAAGGAACCGAAAUCAGCCAGAGAUUCGGAUGUCCUCGCCGCCAUUCGAGGGGGUGUCGGAAGAUCCACGGGUUUCUGGACAUCAACCCAGUGAGUCAGCCCGGAAUCCAGACACCGCUCGUGUUGGUGGGCCUAAUAACGAAUACAUUCAUGUCUCGGAAAUCGAUAAGUACAUCAAGAGGUACAUUGAUCAGCUAAUUGGUCAAGGCGUGCUUCCUUACCAGGGUCGAAACCAGCCCGUGGAUAAUUUGACCGAGCAGAUGGCUAAUACCAGCAUUCGUCCGGGAAUCAACAUGAGCCACUCACGGUAUCCAAAUCGUUCAGAGGUAAAUCGGAGCGGUACCCCGGCUCAACGAACGCUGCCUGAUCCUUCGCCACCGUUGCAGUUGUCCGGAUACCCUUCGGGGACACGUCAGACAAUUGGCCCUGAAUCGUUUCCAGGGAUUGAACGAAACGCAGCCUACGGUGAGCCUCCAAUGCACAAGUCCAGGUGUUCCACGCCGCGGAACGAGCAAACUGCGAAUGUUGGGUAUUCGCCCGGCAUGCAACGAAGUUCGUUCCCCUUGCCAUCCAGCGGAUUCUCCCGACGAUUGCCUCAUCAACAGUGUAGUAUCAUUGAGAAGUGGCCAAAGUUCACCGGUGAUUCUAAUGCUGUUCCGGUAACCGAUUUCCUACGGCAGAUAAACAUACUUAGUAGAUCGUACGACAUUUCUAAGGAUGAAUUAAGGAUGCAUGCCCAUUUGCUCUUCAAGGACAGCGCUUACGUCUGGUUUACUACCUACGAGGAAAAAUUUACCUCCUGGGAAGUAUUGGAGGCCUACUUGAAAAUGAGAUAUGACAACCCGAACCGCGACCGGAUUAUAAAGGAGGAAAUGCGCGCUCGCAACCAGCGACCAACUGAGUUAUUCAGUGCCUAUCUAACGGACAUGGAGAUGCUAGCCCAGCGAAUGAUCAAGAAGAUGUCGGAGGCUGAAAAGUUCGAAAUCAUCGUGGAGAAUAUGAAGCUAACCUACAAGCGCAGACUCGCUCUCGAGCCUAUUCACUCGAUUGAGCACUUGGCUCAACUCUGCUUCAAGUUCGACGCCCUCGAGUCCAAUUUGUAUUCAGGUUCAGUUCAACCUCGUCCCACUGUCCAUCAAGUGGAAUGUGAAGAGGACGGUAUCGGAGAACAGUACACCGACGAAGACUUGGAUGAAAUCUAUGCGUUGAAAGCAAGAAUUGGUAACAACAUCAGCAAGACAAAAUCUCGUUUUGAAAGUACUUCGGGUAGGACUAAACAAUCGAUCUGUUGGAAUUGUCAACGUAUCGGGCACAUGUGGAAGGACUGCGAUAAGCGUAAAACAAUCUUUUGCCAUAUUUGUGGUUUGACAGACACUACAGCCUACAAAUGUCCGAACAAACACGAGUUGGGGCAAAAGGAGGAAUUGCCAAAAAACGAGUGAA